GCUUGUUAUGUAGCUGUUAUUGACGCGGUUUACUUUGUAGCAGGCAGUAAGGUCUCGCUUGCAGGAAAGUUCGCCGGCGUUUCUCCAACCGGACUUUAAGAGAAGCAGAUUCAUAAACAGUAACAGGGUCAGCAGGGACAAUGCGGACCUCCUCGGCUGCACGCUCAUUUGUUUCCCAGUAUCCUAAAACUACUGCAUUGGUCACAGUAGCAGGAGUGGGACUUUUUGGUUUGAAGAAGUGGAUGGCAGGUGGUGUGUGUCACAGCAAAGCCCGCUUAGAUGGAAAGACAGUCCUGAUCACUGGAGCCAACACUGGGAUUGGCAAAGAAACUGCUGUUGACAUGGCUAGAAGAGGCGCGAGGGUUAUUCUGGCUUGUAGGGACAUGGAAAGAGCUAAUAAAGCUGCAGAAGAAGUGAAAAAGAGAAGCGGAAAUGACAGCGUGAUUGUCAGAAAGUUGGAUUUGGCAUCUCUACAGUCAAUACGCCAACUUGCCAAAGAUGUCCUAGCAAGUGAGGAGCGCCUGGAUGUUCUCAUCAAUAAUGCAGGCAUAAUGAGCUGUCCAAAAUGGAAGACUGAAGAUGGCUUUGAAAUGCAAUUUGGUGUGAACCACCUGGGCCACUUCCUUUUAACGAACUGUCUGUUAGAUCUCCUGAAGAAGUCAGCGCCGAGCCGCAUUGUGAAUGUCUCCAGCUUAGCGCAUGAGAGAGGUCAAAUCCAUUUUGAUGACAUAAAUCAGGACAAAGAUUACCGGCCUUGGAGAAGCUACGCUCAAAGUAAACUAGCUAAUGUCCUCUUUACAAGAGAGCUGGCCAACAGGCUGCAAGGUACUGGCGUAACAGCAUAUAGCCUCCACCCUGGAGUCAUCCGCACCGAGCUUGGCCGACACUUCUGGCCCACAGUGCCCCUGUGGAAGAGGGUUUUUUAUGUGCCCUUCGUGUUUUUCAUCAAGAAUCCGACAGAAGGAGCUCAGACCACCAUCUACUGCGCUGUGGAGGAAAGCCUGCAAAAUGAGAGUGGACUCUAUUACAGCGACUGCGCCCCUAAAACAGCAGCCCCUCAGGGUCUGGAUGAUGAAGCUGCCAAGAAGCUGUGGGAGCUGAGUGCCUCUGUGGUCGGUCUGACAUAGUCACAGCGACGAUGAUGAUGAUUUUGAUGAUGAUUGUCAUCAUCACGGUGCCACUGGACUGCCAGGUGGCCUGAGGAAAGAACUGGUACUCUUUCUAGUGAACAUCUGCGCUGCUAGUAGCAGCUGAGCUCCUGCUUAAGGACAACAAAUGAACAAAAGACAGAAAUUCACAAGUGAUAGACAUUUAUUUAGAAUAUACAACAAACUAAUUGGAAAAAUACUAUGAAUUAAAUUAAGUUUUUUCUUAAACAGAAGCAAUGCUUCACAGGUCAGUUACAUGGAAGCUGUAUGAUCUUUAGCAUUGAUUGCCUUUAGCUUGAAAUGACAUUUUAAUUGAUGGGUUUCACCAAUAUCUGUGUGGACUAAGGGUUAAAAUGUCAUUUAUUGUUGCUUGGGUUUAUCAUAUAAGAAUUAUAUAUGAAUGUGCUUUAGCUUUUUGUAACACUGCUAAUAGUGGUAUUCAGUUUCUUUCUCGUGGGCAUUAAAGUGCUCUUAUACAUAGCCCAUUGUUAUACCUGUCUUUUAAGGCAUACUGUUUAUCCACAUCCUAUGUAUUCAUCACGAGUCUUCAUUUUGAUCCAUGUGAGACCAGCAGUGCUGAGACAAAACACAUGUUGGUUACAUCACCAUGAAUUAAAGUUUUCUUUAUACAAAA